UUCAGCGUCACCAGGUAGUGGUGGUGGUGCUUCCGCUGCGGCUGCACGUGGUCCACCGCCAGCUGUGCCGCCGCCAAGUGGGAAUGGUGGUGUUAUGGCAGGCGGCAGCUUCUCGGCACUGUUAAAUGGCCAACAACAGGAUAUUUUGUAUGCUUGUCCGUUGAAUAGUAUGUGCCAGUGUGCAGGUUUGCCCAACGAGACGUCCACAUUGAUCGAAAUCAAUUGCAAUGAAGUGGCGCUGUAUAAAUUUCCAGAAUUCAUACAUAGUUCCGUGCGUUACAUUGAAAUGUCACGCACACAUUUGCAAAGUGUCGACGAUGAAACAUUUCAGGGACUCAGACUGAAAACAUUGAAAUUGAUAGAUAACGAAUUGCAGGACAUUUCAGAUCGCAGUUUCAGCACAAUGACGCAUUCGCUUAUGACGCUGGACAUAUCUGGCAAUAAAAUGCAGCACAUACCACUCGAGGCGUUGCAAAAAUUGCAUUCGCUAACACGGCUUGUAGCGCAAAGGAAUCACAUCACCUCUCUCGAAGGCAACUGGGAGGCUCUCUUCGAUUCUCUGCGCUCGUUACACCUCUCCGGCAACGACAUCACCGAGGUGUCUCCUUUUGGUCUUCACGAGAACGGCAAUAGCGUGAACGGCGUCGGCGGCGGUAGCGGUCAUCCUUCCAGCCUGGCGGCCAUCACACGACACGACGACACGAGUAAUCACAUUGCGCCAAGCAAACCUUUCAGUCGCCUACAAAAACUACUCUGGCUGGAUCUUUCAAAUAAUCGCAUCUACCACAUAGCGCCCAACUUCCUGCCACGCUCGCUGGUCACCAUCGAUCUGUCGAGCAAUCUGCUCACCGUUUUCCCACAACAACUCUUCGAGCAUCUACAUGGGCUGCGCAUCGUAUCGCUGCGUGACAAUUUGCUGCGUAGCGUGCAAACGAAAGAGUUGCGGUUGGUGCGCAUGCGGUUGGAGAAGCUCGACUUGGGCAUGAACUUGGUCGAAACGCUGGAAUCAGAUUGGUUUCAGAACAACUACUCUGACGUGCAUGUACGCGCGCUCAAUCUGGAAAAGAACUAUAUACGGCAGCUACCACCGGCGGUGUUCAAGGGCACUGGCAUAGCGCAUUUAGUGCUGGCUUUCAAUGCCAUCGAGCGCAUACAUGUGAACGCCUUUGAGGGCGUAACUGAGACGCUGGAGUACUUAGAUCUGGAGCGCAAUGAGUUGAAUGCAGUGCCUGGUGCGAUUAGGACGCUGCACAAACUCAAGUAUCUGUAUCUGGCCUCGAAUAAUAUUUAUCAACUCACAAAUCUGCCGGAGAACACGGAUAAUUUGCGCGUGCUCAGCUUGAGCGGCAACAACUUCACGAUGAUACCAGUGCUGGCGCUGCGUAAUUACACGCAGCUGUCUUACCUCAAUAUGGGCUACAACCUCAUUUCAGACAUACCUGAGGGCAUUUUCGCGGUGGACAGUUGGGGCGCAAACCUACAGACGAUACUGCUGCGUAACAACAAAAUCACGCACUUGCAUUUGGGCUCUUUCUACGGCUUGGAGCAGAUACAGGAAAUCAGUUUGAGCUUCAACGACAUCAAUAUCCACCAUCCCAUGGUAUUUGAGAAUGUUUCGCGCACACUUAAGAUACUGGAACUCUCCUUCGCCGUCUUUCCUGCACGCAGUUUGGAGUCCAUCGAUCCGCUCGACGCACUACUGCCGCUUUCACAGCUCAUGUGGCUGGGUUUGGACAAUAAUAAUUUGAAGAUGCUUUCCAACGAUUCAUUCGCAAAUAUGCGGGAACUUAGCUAUAUUAACCUGGCGUUUAACCAACUCAAGCAGCUGCCGCGUGGUCUCUUUCUGCCCGAUGUGCACAGCCACCUCGUGGAGAUCGAUCUCUCGUACAAUUCAUUGGAAGUCAUAGCACGCAAUACCUUCCACAGUCUAGGUGACCUGCAGACGCUUAACCUACAAUCGAAUAAGUUGAAACUGCUGGAGAAGCACGCCUUCUACAAUCUGGAAUUUCUGCGCUACAUCGAUUUGUCCUAUAACCAACUGGCCAACAUCUCCCAUGGUGCCUUCACCAUACUGCCCAAUCUCGCUGCCUUGGAUUUGAUGCACAACAACCUCUGUUCCCUUUCCCUAAAAAUGUUUCAUUUCGUCUCGAACACCAGCACACCGCUGCGUUUGAACGUCACCUACAAUCAGAUUAGCCACUUCGAGGACGAACUCAGUUCGUAUAUGUACAUCUACAACCUCGACAUUAGCCACAAUGCGAUAAGCACGCCGGACAGCUUCGCCAAUCUAGCCAAUACGCUACGCUUCCUCAACCUCGCGCACAACACCAUAGGUGGGCUUGCCAACCACGCAUUCGGCGACCUCGAAUUCCUCGAAAUACUCAAUCUCGCACACAACAACAUCACUUCGCUGCGGCGCCGCAGUUUUCAGGGUCUGAACAGUCUACAAGAAUUGGAUCUCGGCUACAAUGGUCUCGAACAGCUGCAAGUGGAGCAGUUCUCGAAUUUGCGCAAGCUGCGCAUACUACGCGUGCGUGGUAAUCGUCUGCGCGCCUUGCCACGCGAGGUCUUCAUGAAUACGCGCCUUGAAUACUUUGAUAUUUCCGAGAAUCAGCUAUCGGUGUGGCCUGUACCCGCGUUUUCUGAUGUCGGCUUUACGCUGCGCAGCAUACAGAUGGCGCAGAAUACGCUCGAAUACCUCGACUCCAGCAUGUUUGUGAACUCACAAUUCCUCUACGACAUCAACUUGGCCUGCAAUCGCAUUACAGUGCUGCCUGACAACACGUUCACUUUCCUAAACAAUCUCACCAACUUGGAGCUGUCGCAGAAUCCACUGGUUACCACCAAUCUGAAAGAGGUGUUCCUACACACGCCGCGCCUACGGCGUCUCAAAAUACGUCGCAUGGGCCUCUAUGUGCUGCCCCAACUCAGUCUGCCCUAUCUAUCACACCUCGAUGUGAGCGGAAAUUACCUGCAGGAGCUCUCAUCGCUACACGAAAUGCGCCAGCUGCGCCACGUCAAUGUGUCGCAUAAUAAAAUUGUCAACGCCAGCAAUAUUGCCGAACAUCUACCGACAUCUGUGCGUGUGCUCGAUUUGGCGCACAACCCACUGCGGCGCAUCAGCGCGCACGACCUCGUUGCGCUACGCCACCUCACCGAUCUCAAUUUGCUCGACGUCAAGGUAGCCAAUCCGUCGGUGUUCAUCAAGCUACGUUCGCUACGCAAAUUACAUCUCACAUCGCAUCUGAAUUUGGGUGAGAUUGUGGCGCGUAUACCGGGCCUGCAGGAGUUGCGUGUGCACUGCAUGGAAACAAAUAUAGGGCCGGAGCUGCUGGCGAAGCUGGUGAAUAACACAAAACUACAGCUGUUAGAGUUGUAUGGCGGCAAUGUGCAGACAAUAGCACCGGAUGCGCUGGCGGGCUUGGCGCGCAAUCAACAUUUGCUGGUAAAAAUCUCACACACUAAAAUAUCUGAUCUGCCGCCGGGCAUUUUUUAUACGCUGCGUGCCGUACCGCAGCUGGCUAUCGACAUUUCGCACAACAAAAUCAAUGCGCUGGCGGCGGACAGCUUCUACCCGAACAAAACCUACUGGGACACUGUGGGUACACGCAGCAUUAUGGGCGGACUGGACACGUCACACAAUCCGCUCGAGUGCGAGUGCGGCUUGGUGUGGUUCGGUCACUGGCUGAGGCGAUGGCUGCGUGAAUCGGCGCAAAUAAAAGUGAUACAGAAGGAUGAGAUGAAGCGAAUGGUGCAGCGCGCGCGCGCCAACACAUGUCACGAUCCGACAACUGGCCGUCGCCUACCCAUAUUGGAGAUUUUUCCCGAAGACCUGUUGUGCCAAGCGAGCGCGCUUAGCAGUUCGAGUGAACGUCUCUUUCUGCUCUCGUUUGCGGCGAUUGCGUUACCGCUCUUCACAAUGUCACUUUGAUAAUUGGAAGCGUAGUAAGAGGCGUGAACUUAGCUGUAGGAAACAUACUACUACGAGCGCAUAGCUGGAGCGAAGGAACGAGCGCCAUGCACUCGUCACAUAUUUGUAAAGUACUAUAAAGAGAGGCACCGUAAGUGUGAUGUAGCUGUAAGAGUUGCCAUGUAAAAACGAUACAAAAAAACUUAAACCAAACCUAACUGGAAUGAUUAUUGCUUUAAUUGUUGAAAAGAGUGGAGAAAGAAAACAAAAGUUGUUAGCUGAAAAAAUGUAAAUUAUUGUAAAUUUCUUAAAAAAAACUGUUAUCUAUAGACUAUAGUUCUAGCUAAUGUAAAUCUGAUAGACUUAAGAAAUAAGUUUAUAAAUAAAAAAAUAUUUGAAGCCGUAAUUGUUUUUGAUUUUGAUUUUAUAUUUGUGUUGAGCGAUGGGAAACAAGAAAUAAUACUUACGUAUAUUGUUGAAAAAAGUGUAGAUUUUAAAUAAUUAUAGAAAAUACGGCGGCAUUAUACGAUAACUGUAAGCGCAUUGAUUCCUAAAGUAGUAACUUUUUAAUAACAACUAUGCAAAUAGGAUAAUACAUAGUAAUAAAAUAUAAAAUAUACUAAGUAUAGCACUUGGAUAGCAUAAAUUGUAACAAAACCUAUUUAUAAAAUGCAUGAAAAAAUUAUUGAACUCGUCUAAAACGAUUUGGCGAAAGAUUGGAGAGAAAGAGAAAAGGUGAAAAAAACAAAAAGAUCUACAAAUUUAUUUCUCUCUUAAGUGAAAGUUAUUUCGUUAGAACUUUUCGAAUUAAAAUUUGCUAUUGCAUACUUUUUGGAUUUUCUGCCAACGCAAUUUCAGCUAUUAUUUUUUAAAGGCAUGAUAUAAAGUUAAUCUAAAAAAAGAAAGCACUCUUUGGUUCUGGACAUUUGGAACAACUUCAACAGA